UUUGCACAUCCCUUACAGGAACUGAUAACGACUAUGUAUAUAGGUUUCCUAGGUCUCAUAUUUGCAUCAUUUCUUGUUUAUUUAAUGGAAAAAGAUAUAAACGCUAAAUUUAGUAAUUUCGCACAGGCUUUGUGGUGGGGCGUGAUAACUCUUUGUACAGUCGGCUACGGUGAUAUGGUGCCUGAAACAUGGCAAGGCAAACUCAUAGCAUCGUUUUGUGCUUUACUAGGAAUUUCUUUCUUUGCUUUACCUGCAGGCAUAUUGGGCAGUGGAUUUGCCCUGAAGGUGCAACAACAACAGCGACAGAAACAUAUGAUACGGCGACGGCAACCAGCGGCAACACUCAUCCAAUCAGUUUGGCGUUGUUAUGCGGCUGACGAACAUUCACUCUCAAUCGCAACCUGGAAGAUACAUCAAAUGCCUUUACCCAGUCCGCCUGCAUCUUCAGAGUAUUGGGAUAGAUUAUUUAAAAAUUUAAGCGAAUAUAGUUCAGACCUUUCGGAUAAGUUUUUUAGACAUGUCGUCGAAGAUAGGCGUGGAUCCUCUAGUUUCAAGCACAACGCGUCAUUUGUGGCACGUUUGCCUACCAUAAGACGGAAUAAGACUCCAGCUAUGCAGUCGCCAGGCGAUGGUGGCGGCAUUAAGCCACAGGGGACCAUUCGAGGAGGUACGCGUUACGCACGUACACUGCGCGAAAUGAAUGCGUCGGUGGAGAAUUUAGGUAAGCCAAAAUAUGGAGAAAAUCCUGUACAUACGCAUGACCGCUUUAAAAAUGCUUAAUAUUUUUUAUAAAUUUUUUCUCAAUUUUCUAUUUUAAUUAUUUUCGUUUAACUUUUGCUUAAAACCAACAACAAAUUACUUAAUAAUACUCUUGAUGCUAUACAGCCAGGCAAAUAUUAAUCCUCAUACAAAUAAUAUCUAUGUGGGCCCAUGUAGGACUGA